UAAUGAGGCUAACCCUCCAUCUGACAGGAGUGUGAAGCAAAUGGCUCCCCGGCCGCAGCCGCCACGCCUACAAAAGCUCAAGCGGCCCCUGCAGCUGCUGCUACUCCAGUUGCUCCUGCCCGCCCUGGACCACCUGCCAGACCCACGGCGGCACCCACCUUCAAGGGCUCCAACAAUGCUCUGCUAGACUUGGAUCCAUUGUCAGCCUCCCCAUCAGCAGGUGGAGCAGCAGCCUCUAUCUCGUCAUGGGGAGAUCUGCUUGGUGGCGGUUUAGAUACCCCCCCUGAUCCCACUAGCACCUCUGAGCCAGCCGCUGUUGCUGCUGCUGAUGCUGCAGCCGGUCCAGCUUCCACGCCCACGGUGGCCCAUACGGAUGGCCCCGCCGCGCCCUCUGUGGCCCCCGUGGUGGUGCUGCCCGUGCCCGCCACUACCGCCUCAGACAUGGAUCUGUUCGGAGAUGCGUUUGCACCCUCCCCAGGUGACGGCCCGCCCAGCAGGGCGCCUGCUGCUGAUGCAUGUGCCGGAUCUGACCCCUUCGCUCCGUCGGAGGGGAGUGCGAACUUGGCUCCAGAGAUGGACCUCUUUGCUAUGAAGUUCGAUAACACGCUGGCUGCCCCAGAAGCAGCCAGCCCCACCUCCAGCGCAGUGCCGAUCAUUGUCGCCCCCAUCGAGCCCCCUGCUGCCGCCCCCGUUCCCUCCACUACCACCACCACUGAGUCUGCAGCCGCCCCCGCCCCUGCCGUCCCCACUCUCGACCUCUUUGGUGAUUCUAUGUUUGAUUCUAUUCCUGAGAAAAGCCCUACCGCAGAAAAAGCUGAUGCUGCUGUUACUCCUAGCGUAGACCUAUUUGGGGCAGAUCUCCCUACUAUCUCUCGCGGGCCCUCUCCUUUGCCUCCCGAGGCCAAUGCUGAUGAAGACCUCUUGUCUGGUGUGACUGAUGCAUUCUCUGCUAUGGCUCCAGCACCAGCAGUGGCUCCAACUCCAGCUCAAGCCCCGACUCCAGCUCCUGCCCCUGCAACGGUCUCUCCUCCCAAACCUGAGCCCUCUGCACCUGCACUUGUCAUUGAUCUGCUGGACACAUUCAGUUGUCCUGCUCUGAUGGACGCUAUGCCCGCUGCCCCCGGGGGACCAGGAGAGGAGGAUCUGUUGGGUGGACUGAUGUCUCCUAGCCUGGCUCCCACGGCAGCCCCUGCUCCUUUGGCCCCCGCUUUGGCCCCGGCCCUCGCCCCUACCCUGGCUCCUGUCUCAGCCCAGAAUGACUUGCUGGAGUGUGGCUUCGACACCCUCGGCUCCCUACCCCCACUAAUGCCCGCCACACCAGCAGCUGCAGACACAGUGCCUGCCGCAGCAGCACCCUCUGGUGGCUUUGAUGCAUCAGUGUUUGGCGGAUUAGGGGACAUACUGAUGCCAGCCAUAACACCCCAGUCCACUGGGGGUAGUGUGGGCAGCACUGGCAGUGGUGGGGUCAGUACCAAGUUUACACCCGCGGUCGGGGUUGGCAUGACAGGCGCCACAGCUAUUAAACGGCCAUCCAUCGGGGGCGACUUGGACUCCUCCCUGGCAAACCUGGUUGGAGAUCUGGGGAUUCAGAAAAAGGACCACCAGUGGAAUGAGAAGAAGCUGACAGGAGGAUCUAACUGGACCCCCCAGGUAGCCCCUCCCAGCUGGGGCGCUCCUGGACCUAUGAUGGGUGGCCCCGCCCCUGGAGCCCCUGGUGCCCCUGGAGCCAUCCCUCCGCCCAUGGGAGCACAUCCUGGCUUUAGCAUGGCCUCAGCAGCUGGAUCUGGAGUUCCCAUGAUGCCUCCCAUGAUGAUGGGACAGCCAAUGAUGGGUCAACCCAUGAGACCACCCCUGCCAGGAGCUGCAGCACCAGGGGCACUGCUGUCUUCAGGACCUGCUGCCACCCAGAGCAAAAAACCCAAGGACCCACUGGCAGACCUUAACCUCAAGGACUUAAUGUAAUCCCCCAGCCCAGCUCUUGUUUUUCUGGAGCUGGGCCCUCUGGCCGCCUGUCUUAUUUCGGCGUUCUCUACAACCUGGGACACCAGAGACCCUCCUCAGCUACUCACCUAUAGGAGAUCCCCCCCCUUCCUCGACCCCACCCCAUCCCAGCCCCCUGUGUAAUGUUGUAGCACAAACUGUGAAAGUGACACCUUAGUGAGGAAAAAAAAACAAGUGUGUGCUUAACUAGAUGUAACCUUUUGUCUAAACAAAACCACACAAAACAUAUUUACAAAAAAAAUGUCUAUCAAAGCAAGGCAGAAACCCGAGCGGAAGCUGAAGGCGUAUGUGCUGUUUGUAUUUAGAUCCUUUUUCCCAGUAGUGUCGGCGCGUUGAGUUGAAUGAUGGAUGCGUGUUUGUUCGAUGCCCUCAACUCCACCUUCGGCCCUGCACUGGCCUUCUGAUCACUCAAGAGGGGAGGGGGUUCCACCCUGCCUCACCCUGAUUGGAUAAGAGGGGUAAGCAAUUGCAGCCCUGUCAUUUUUGGAUGAAACGUGCAAUGUGUCGUUUGCAGAAGUUCUUCUUCGUUGUUGUAUAUACAUUACACUGGCAAAUCUUUAAGGAUUCUGUCUCUACUCUGUAUGUCUGUGGAAGAGCAUAUUGAUGUGAAUCUGAUAUCAAAUUGUAAGAAGUCAUGUGACCAUUAUCUUAUUUCCCGUCAUCUUCUGAACGUGUUUAGAAACAAAUAUGAUAUGAAUAUAUGAUUAAUAUGAAUAAGCAACAUGUACGGGCUCCUGAAUCCUAAAUGACCAUCCAAUGAUUUUUAAAAAAAUGAUGUUCAGUAUAUUUAUUUGUUUUUUUGCCAGCGCUUAUUUUUCUAUUUAUUUAUUUUCUAGAUUUUGCGCAUCGUGUCCAGCUUUAUUUGUAUUUUCUCUCUCUGUUGACAUUGUUUGCGAAUCUGCUAUAAAACAUUGUCGGAUAUUUUUUACCAACAGAUCGUAUCUUAUCGCUUAUUUACAGAGAAAAUGUGUUUUCCUAAUCCUAUUCAAGAUAAAGGUCAAAGAGUGCAUAUCAGGAGCCAGAUGUUGCCAGUACCUCAUAUCUCAAUACAGAGGAGAACAGUCUUUUGUUAAACCACUAAAACAAGUUGUGUACAGUUAGUCUACUUCCUGGUAUCAGCGGCACUCUCCCUAUGGACCUAUCACUGUCCUCAUCAGUGGUCUGUUGUUUGAUUUUCAGAAUUGCUCGUACUUUAUUAUUAUCAUUAUUACUAUAACUAGACCACGGUUAGGUACUGGAUAUGUAGUGUUAUUUUUGUAUUUGAGAAGAAACAAGCAUCCUUGUCUCCCUAUUCAUCCACUCCAGAAUUUGUUACAUAUUUCUGUUCCGUUUCCUCCCCCAUUGUUAAUGAAUCAGUAAUAUUGUACAUGGUAGCAUGGGCGGAGAGGAGAGCCUGUGUAUACCCAGUCAAAAGAGGACACUGUUGAACAGUGUGGCUUCCAUGUAUAUCUAGGCAGCUGUUUAGAACCAGUGAAACCAGUCCUGUGCUGUACAGCCCCAGAUAUAACAGAUCAUUUGUUGUGUCAUUGCAAGACUGUUUCGACAAUUGUUGUGGGAACAAAAUAUGGAUUGAAAAAUGGGAAAACAUGCUUUUUUUCAUUAUUGAGUUACAUUUUUUUUUAAAUAUCUUAUUAUUAUUAUUUACUAUGCCCCUCCCCAGUGCAUGUAAGCCCUUUGAGAUGCAAUAAACUCAAUGAUGGAAAGAAUCGCC